AUGUUUGACUUGAUAGUUCGGAACGGCCAGGUAGUGACUCCCUGGGGAGUAGGUGACUGGGACAUCGCCAUACAGGGGGAGAAAAUAGUCGCCGUAGCCGCCAACCAUACGUUGACGGAAGAAUCGGCCCGGGUGAUUGACGCCACCGGCAAGGUGGUGGUACCCGGUGGAAUUGAGCCCCAUGCCCACGUCCAUGCACCAAUUAUGGGUCACGGAGACCUGAAGACCGCCCCCCCGGAAGAAGUGAGCCGGGCCGCCCUGUUCGGCGGCACCACCACAAUCCUCGACUUUGCCAUUCAGUACCCGGGCAUCGACAUCAGCCAGGCCAUCCAGGAACGGACGGGCGUCUGGCAGAACAACUCCUACGCCGACUAUGCCCACCACCUCAUGCUGCUAGGCGACAUCUCCGACAACGUGCUGGGGCAGCUUAAUGAGCACAUCCAGGACGGGUUUUCCAGCGUCAAGAUCUUCACCACCAACAUCCGUCCCCCUGCCAUGUCCGGUGAGCCGCGCAUGGUCCGGAUGGGCCACCUGCACGACUUGAUGGAGCAGGUGCAGCGGAACGGCGCCAUGCUGAUGGUCCACGCCGAGGACGACGACAUGGUGCAGCACAUGUACAACAAGCUGACGGAGCAGGAGCAGACCGAGUGGUGGAACAUGCACCUGGUCCACAGCAACGAAUCGGAGGACGUAUCCUUCAGGCGGGUACUACGGGUAGCGGAAUGGACCGGUUCGCCAGUCUAUUUUGUCCACGUCAGCGCGCGGGAAGGCUUGGCCGCGGUGCAGGAAGCCCGGGCUAACGGCCGUCCGGUUUACGGGGAGACGCUGCACAACUACUGCUGCUUCAAUGCCGACAAUUACAAGGAAGACAACGGCAUGAAGUACCAUACCUACCCUUCCCUGAAGUCGGAAGAGGACCGGGCUUCCCUGUGGCGGGGCAUUGUCCAGGGCGGGCUGAGCACCAUGGCCACGGACGAGUACUGCACGUCGUGGGAUGUGAAGAUCUCAGGACGGCAGGUAACCGACGUAACCGGCGGCCACAACGGCGCGGAGACCCGCAUGGGCGUUACCUUCAGCGAGGGCGUGUCCCGGCAGGGGAUGUCACUGCAGCGGUUCGUGGACGUAACCUCGGGCAACGCCGCCAAGAUCAUGGGCCUGUACCCCCGGAAGGGCGUGAUCGCCCCGGGCAGCGACGCCGACAUCGUGCUGAUUGACCCGAACAUCAAGCGGCCACUGACGAUGAACGACUUCCACAUCUCCGACUACAGCAUCUGGGAAGGCUUCGAGGCGGCAGGCUGGCCCGUGAUGACAAUCCUGAGGGGAAUGGUCGCCGUGGAAGACGGUCGCCUGCGCACCGGCCACGGCAGCGGCAAGUUCGUGCGCCGGAAGGUGGACCCGGAGGUGGUUAACCGGCCGGCGGCAUAG